CGUCCUCGCUCUCGCUCUAUAGUUUGACGUAGCAGAAAAUUGGAAACUUAGCCUGUGACAAAAACAUCCCACUCACUCACUCAUUCAUUCAUCUGCCUUAGGGAUUGCCCGUUACCCGCCAGCUCAACCGCUACCGGCCGUGAAACAUCACGCUCUACUGUCACUCAGAGGAAACCCGUGGGAGCGGGCCAAGCCCCGGGUUGAUCGGCCCGUGUUCCAGGCUGGGCUCCAUGCCACACCCACCCAGCCAUCUGGCCCCUCAGCAUGAGUAGUGAGGCCGCCCGUCACAUCAUGGAGACCUCGGCCACUUCGCUCCACGGCACGGGCUCGGGCACGCUCCAAGUGAGCGUGCCCUCGGUGGCCCCGCCUCCUUCAACGCCACGCCCUCGGGCUCACUCAUGUUGAUGGCGGCCGAAGGUGUGUCGGGCUCCUCGAGCGGCGGAGGCUCGCAUGAUAGCGGCAUGAAUGCGGUCAUGAAUGACAAAGUCCAAGCCGUGGCCGGGUCCAUCUACGAAGAGUUCGCUCGCAUGAUGGCCACCUACGGCGAGGGCGUGGUCCAGGAUUUGAUGCCCUUGGUGGUGAACGUGCUGGAGAACCUGGACCUGGCCUACACCGAGAGCCAAGAGCUGGAGGUGGAGGCCGAGUUGCUCAAGGAGGACAACGAGCAAUUGGUCACGCAGUACGAGCGCGAGAAAAACUUACGCAAGGCCUCCGAAGCACGCCUCAUCGAGUUGGAAGACGCCUUCGAAGGCGAUCGCAAGGAGAACACCGUCAAGAUCGACUCGCUCACCUCCAUCGUCAAGAUGUUCGAGCUCAAAGCCAAAAACUCCCAGGACCAAAUUGUGCGUCUGGAAGAGAAGGAGAAUGAACUCAAGAAAGAGUACAACAAACUCCAUGAGCGCUACACGGACCUCUUCAAGACCCACAUCGACUACAUGGAACGCACUAAAUCAAUGUUGGGCGCCGAACGAUUAGAACAGCUUCAAGGUCUCGGUUCAAGUCGCUCCAAAAUCCCGGGCUCACUCUCGAUUCAACAACAUCAAGCCAACCGAUCAUCGGGACCGGUUUCCUAUGGCUACAGUGAGUUGGAGAACAACAACAGUCAACAAGCCAGCAUCCUCACUCCCGCCAGCGAAUACAACAAUGCGGAUGGAUCGGCUCCCAACACCCUCAAGAAUGAGCUUAGCAGUCCGACCAAAAAGAGCCAGAAAAGAAUCAUGAUGGACAAAGGUGAUGAUGACCUCGGUGACAUUAAGACAACUAAAACAAAUAGCCCGAUCGCUACUAAAUUGUCAGAAAACGUAUCUAAAAGUGCUCAAAGCGAACCAUCUUCACCCACAUUGCCUCCUGCAACCACACCGAAAACUAACAUCGAGCUUGAAAAGCUAUCUCCCGAAGAGUCUAGCUCACAAGAAGAGUCGGAAGGCAAUCAAAUUUCUGGGAAACUUGGAGGAUGGAUGGAAGGGAUCAGUCCCGAUGGUCAGGUGACUGAUUUAGAAGUGGAAGAAGCCGAAGAUGUGUCCAAGGAUCCGAGUAUCGGACCGGCCACGCCUCUCACUCCAAUGCAAACGUCGGGCAUGAGUCAGACAAAAUCAGAAACGCGGACGGGCAACAAUUUGUACCAAGAAUUGAGUUUCCAUGACGCCGAAGCCCUUGGAGACGUUGAUGAAGGAGCCGAUAUCACAGAUAAUGAAAGUGACCAAGGGGAGCUUCGCGAUCCUGAAGGCUUCGACAAUGUUAAUGACAAUUACUUCGGUAUGGGCAAAGAGGUGGAAAAUCUCAUCGCCGAGAACAAUGAGCUGAUGGCCACGAAGAAUGCUCUGAAUAUCGUCAAAGACGAUCUGAUCAGCAAAGUUGAUGAACUUACCGGGGAACACGAAAUCCUUCGGGAAGAGAUUCGGUCAUUACAAAAUAUUCGAACUCGCCUGGAAACCCGCGUUCAAGAGCUAGAGACAGAUGCAAAGAAGACCAAAGAGGAACUGGAGAAGGCCAACAAAUCGACCAAGUCUGAGGAAGAGGAUAAUGAUGUUCCAAUGGCACAGAGAAAGCGUUUUACCCGUGUAGAAAUGGCCCGGGUACUCAUGGAACGCAACCAAUACAAAGAGCGUUUUAUGGAACUCCAAGAAGCUGUGAGGUGGACUGAAAUGAUUCGGGCUCAUAAAACUGACACACCCAUCGAAAAGAAGAACCAAAAGGGCAUUUGGAAAUUUUUCGGAAAUCUGUUCAGUGGAACAGAACGAACUGGUGAUCCCAUGGGUCCGUAUGUGAAUAUGAAAUAUGGCGAAACCAGCGAAGAAUCCUCCGGAUCGACGUUAUCGACCAUGAGAGCUAAAAGCAGCGCAGAAAGAAAAGCCCGGGGUGUGGAUCUAUUUGAUGGGGACACCAUUGCUUCAAGUGGAUCCGCCAAUCCCACACGACGAAGUGACGAACGCAAAGAGCAAUACAAGCAAGUGCGAGCUCACGUCAAGAAGGACGAUGGCCGCAUGCAAGCCUACGGGUGGAGUUUACCUGCAAAACCGAACACCACCUCAGCCUCCGGAAGUUCCAGUUCUAAAGACGAGGUUCAAAUCCAGUCUCGAGUGUCCUCGUCCGGGAUCCCUGUACCUGUGCCAGUCUACUGUCGGCCGCUCAUGGAAAAGGAACCCGGAAUGAAGAUCUGGUGCGCGGCCGGAGUCAACUUGUCCGGGGGUCGAACCCAAGACGGGGGAAGCAUAGUGGGGGCCAGUAUCUUCUACGACCGAUUCCCGUCAGUUGAGGUGAAAAAAGCCACCGACGACGAGCUCGAAAAGCUAGACAAUGAGUUGAGUCAAGGCAAGAAAUUAGUCGAAGAUGCCUUUGAGGCCGAUCAGCAGCUCUCGUCGCACGUUUGGAUCUGCACGUCGACCCAUGCCAUCAGCAAAGUGACCGUGAUUGAUGCCAAUUCUCCGGCGGAUGUGCUGGAGGCGUUUCAAGUGUGUUCAUCCCACCUGUUAUGUAUUGCCAGUGUCCCUGGCGCGAAGGAAUCAGAUUAUCGCGUGGACGAGCAACUCAAUCGAAAUGUGGUAGAAGAGAGCGAAAAGCGAGCUCAGACCGAAGACAAUAUGGCUUCACAGAAGCGGCAAGAAACUGCUGACGCUGCUCAAGCAGAUAUCAACCCGGAAGAUGUGCCCGGGGGAGGUGGGAUCGGUUCCAUAUCGUUUGUGACCAGUGCCACAGAGAAGCCGCAAUUGGAUUCGUUGGAAGAAGAAGUUGAGCAAGAAACCCAACCCCGAUUAACCAAAGAAACUGCAAUUGAACUAGGAUCAAAAGCAGCCUUGAAUCGAACCCUCGAUGUGUUCAAGCUGCAAGAAUUGAGCGAGGAUCCCGAUCCUCACGCUACGCUCCCAUUUAUUUCCCACCAUACCUUGAAUAUAUCUCGCGAUCUUAAAGACGAUCCCAAACAACAACAGCAACAGCGACUGAAAUCAAAGAUCAACCCCUCUGGAAAUCCACCCGAGGACGCAUCCAAGUCAAAUCCCUCUAAUACCGAUGGCGGCGAAGAUGUCGAUGCCGUUCAUCGACGAUUCUCAUCCACCGAUACCAAGAUCAAGGAUGGUGUGGGCGAACUCUCCAAAGACAAGGACAACGAGCUAGCACUUGGCGAAGUGGAGAAGAUGAGCUCAGUCUUGCCCACUAUGUGGUUGGGAUCUCAGUCUGGAUCCAUCUACGUCCAUUCAUCCGUCUCCCAAUGGAAGCGGUGUAUCCAUUCGAUCCGACUCAAAGACUCGGUGCUUUGUAUUGUGCAUGUAAAGGGCCGUGUUUUAGCCGCUCUAGCCAAUGGUAGUAUCGCCAUCUUCCAUCGUGCCGACGACGGUCAAUGGGAUUUGACCAACUAUCAUCUCCUGGACCUCGGCAAACCUCACCAUUCGAUCCGAUGUAUGCUCCAAGUGCACAACAAAGUUUGGUGCGGCUACCGGAACAAGAUUUUCGUGAUUGAUCCUCGCACAAUGACCGUGGAGAAGACCAUGGACGCUCAUCCACGCAAAGAGAGCCAAGUGCGUCAAAUGGCUUGGGUGGGAGAUGGGGUUUGGGUGUCAAUUCGAUUGGAUUCCACACUCCGAUUGUUCCACGCCCACACUCACGAACACAUUCAGGAUGUGGAUAUCGAGCCGUACGUCUCGAAGAUGUUAGGUGUCCAGUCGGGUGUUUUUACCUAUUCGACGGGGUUUCAAACCUACAGAGUGGAUGAUGGGAUUGACAGUCUGGGUCUCGAGGCAGAAGGCACCGGGAAGCUAGGAUUCUCAUUUGUACGGAUCACAGCCUUGCUCGUGUCCAACUUUAGACUUUGGAUGGGAACCGGAAACGGGGUCAUCAUCUCGGUGCCCUUGAACCCCCCGGCUGCACUUUCGAAAACCGUGGACUCUCACAAGCCAAUUGAUGAUGCUAUGAGGAAGAAGUCUGUCCCGGGCGAUAUCGUCCGAGUCUACACAGAUAGUCAAGAAAACGUCACAGCCGAAAGCUUCAUUCCAUAUUGCAACAUGUCUCAAGCGCAGCUGUCGUUUCAUGGACACAGAGAUGCCGUCAAAUUCUUCGUAUCAGUUCCUGGUCAUGGUGGCUUAGCCCUGAAUCCGACAAGCUCGUCUUCGCCUAGUAAGAGUGAUCCUGGAAAAGAUGCGAUGUCUAUGCUGGUCAUGUCUGGGGGCGAAGGUUACAUCGACUUCAGAAUUGUGGAAGAUGGUUCUGAACAAGAUUACGACUCCCACAUCAUGGUUUGGCAGUUGCCCGUUCCUACUCAACCGCCAGUCGAAGAUGCUGAAAUUGCCGAGAUUGCCGAAGCCAACCAACCUGAUCCGGAAGAGGAGAUCCCAAAUGUUCAUGAGGAACACGGGAACUCGACUCUGACAACAGAUCCCGGGACAAUUGAUGCGAGUGAUAGUAUUAUGAGUUCCGCCACUUCUCGUGGUGGGAGCCAACCACCACCGGAUGAGACCGGAUUGGACGCGGCCACGUACCAACGAUGGAAUGACCAAGUGGAGUCACUUUUGAACAAUGCUUUAGAAGCUAAAUCUCUGAGGAACAUUGAGCAAUACAAGAGCAUGGCUCGAGAGCAAUCCGUGCCUCCACCUCCGUCACCCAAAGAGGAUUUCACUCAACUGGUUGAAGUUGGAAAUGACUUAAGAGGAGAAGUGAAGUCCCAAGACCAAGCUCCGCCCGAACAAUAGAGUGUAACUGAACUAAGGUGAUACAGAACAAGACGAUGAUUUACCCAACGACGUGCGGGGUUUGUCGCAAGGAGAACGAAGUCAUCUGAUAGUUUGGCAAAUACCAAUUAUCAAGAGAAGUCUGCGAAGACAAAGCUGAGUCUUGCCCAACAAAUACGCGAAGAAAGCCCUGAAUUCGUCUUUUCGAUUCUACUCAACUUGAUGAUGUAUUAUUAAUAUUAUUAUUAUUUUUAUUGUUUUUGAAAUCACUAUUAGACAAUGCUGUUUUAAUUGAGUAUAGUUUGAUUUGUUAA